GUCAGGUGACCGGGCCGGCGUCCCAAGAUGGCGGCGGCUGUGGCGCUCGGGAGGCCGUGGCACCCUCCCGGCUGCUGAGACGGGCCCUGCGCGGCCGGCGGCGAACGGGCCGGGCCGAGGGCCGGCGAGCGAGCGGCCGCCGCUUCUGCGCGCCCCGCAGUCGGGGCUGGGCCGUGCGGCGGCGGCGGCGCCGGGGCAUGCGAGUGCGGGGCCCGGCCUCUCCCUCUUCAGCCUAGGGCGGCGGCGGGCCCGCGCCCUUGGCUCCCGGGCCAUGGCUCUGCGGGAGCUCAAAGUGUGUCUGCUGGGGGAUACAGGUGUAGGUAAAUCCAGUAUUGUAUGGCGGUUCGUGGAGGACAGUUUUGAUCCGAACAUCAAUCCAACAAUAGGGGCAUCUUUUAUGACCAAGACUGUCCAAUACCAAAAUGAGCUACAUAAAUUCCUAAUCUGGGAUACAGCUGGACAAGAACGAUUCCGUGCCUUAGCACCAAUGUACUACCGAGGGUCAGCUGCAGCUAUAAUUGUUUAUGAUAUCACAAAAGAAGAGACAUUUUCAACAUUAAAGAAUUGGGUAAAAGAGCUUCGACAGCAUGGCCCACCUAAUAUCGUAGUUGCCAUUGCAGGAAAUAAAUGCGAUCUUAUCGAUGUUAGAGAAGUAAUGGAGAGAGAUGCUAAGGACUACGCCGACUCCAUCCAUGCAGUUUUUGUAGAGACCAGCGCAAAAAACGCGAUAAACGUAAAUGAACUCUUUAUAGAAAUUAGUCGAAGAAUUCCAUCCACUGACGCCAACCCGCCAUCUGGCGGUAAGGGCUUCAAACUCCGAAGACAGCCUUCCGAGCCGAAGCGGAGCUGCUGCUGACUGAGCUCAGCCCCCUAGGCCUGAUGAUGAAGUAGGUGGUCCUGAAAGCUAACGGGAGGCCUGGGGGCCCUGCCGCCAGGUUUCGCCUAGCCGGGCUUGGGUCUUCCUCAUGCAUAAAGGGUUCAAGGAAAGUGACCGGUCCUGUGUCCUUUCUGGAGACUGCAGCAAUAAUACUCCAGCGUGUGGACUUCUGUUAUGUAAAGAAUCUCUGGUGUGCAAAGGGACUACAUCAUUGGCUUUCGACAUUGUGAAAAAGAACAUAUAAUUGUAUAGACGGUAGGAUUAAAUUGAGUAGUUUUGUAAUCAGGGUUUUAUGUAACAUUUGUAAAGGGAAAUUUAGCACUUUCAUGGUUCUGGAGGGAAAAAAAGACCUUGUGGAGAUUAUAAGUUCCUUGGUUUUUCCCAUUACCGCUGUUAUAGGUAGUUGUAUCAUUUAAAAUGUGAUAGGUUGUCAUAAGUAAAGGGGUGGCAAUUAUUAUUUGAAGCUAAAAUGGAUUAUUUAUAGGACUGAUGGAAACGAUUUCAUUCCAUCUCUAAAGCACUUUUCAUUGAGUACAUUAGCCCAGAUUGCAUACAGCAAAUGAACAAUAACAGCAGAUGCAGAGCUCACCCUGGGUCUGCAUUCCAACCCUGUCAUGUGUGUGUCACCAAACACAUUACUGGCAAUUUUUAUAUAAGCUGUCAUGAUCAAGAUUGCGGUGAUAGAGAAGCUGCCUGGAAUAAAUUGAGUUGCAUAUGUUUAAACUAACUAGCAGUGGUUUUGAAAGGAGAAAGAAAAUGGUGUAAAUGCUGUCAAAUUUUUAUUUAACCCAAAUACUUUGGAGGGGAAAUCAUUAUCUGUUGCUUAGCAUAUGUAAAGUUGUAGUCUAUAUUUAUAGACCAUUGCUUAAAGAUUAUAAAUUAUGUAAAUACAUUAAUAAAUUCUGUUUCAUUCAACACUCCAUUUAAUCUUGCACCCAGUCUCUUGUGUAUGUCCACCUAUCUUAGCCUAUCCACAGAGACUCUCUGAAGCACAUUCAUGUUGUGCACAAAGCAUAGAGCAGUCUUGGCCUACAACAGUCUUUAAAGAUUUCUCUGCCUGGCCCUCCACCCACCCUCUCACCUCCAAAUCCCAUCUGGAAGUCAUCAUGAUCACAUACACCACUUUGACAAGCCUGACUAGCCCCCUCCUAGCCUUGGGGUAAAAUAAAAAAUUAUAAACUCCAAGUUCAAGUCACUCACCUGGUCUUGGUAAUAAGUUUCUUUUAGCUUUUACAGCAACCUCAGACCAAGUGUUUUAAGAGAGCUUUCCUUGUUAACAAUUUAGCUUAUAGCUUAUCUUUCCAUUUCCUUUAUUUUCCUUGCUUCUGUUAGUGGUUAACACUCUUUUCCCUCAGGGAGCCUAAUGAGGUUUUUAAUAUAAUCUAAAAAUAAAGCACCGAAGUGAAGUUGGGAAAAAUUUGUUCCUGGUCUAAUUUGGCACCCUUCCAACCUGAGUAUUGUAAGGGAAGGAAAUUUACAAGAUUAAAAGGAAAUGAAACAGCUUGAAUCUCAAACUGAAUUUUGUUUUCAGAGCUAUCCUUAAGGUGAACAGUCGAAACUCUUAAAAAUAAUUGUUACUUCUUUGUGACCCCCACUUGAUAUGGAUAGAUUUUAAUGGGAAAAUUAUAACCCAGAUUAAGUAAAAAAUUAUUUCCUUUUCCCUGGUGUAUAUUUUAAGCAUUUGAAGUUGUUUAUUCUUACUGAAAUCACAGAAAAGGAAUGUAGUUAGGAAAAUUCUAACGUUUUGUUUAAAAUACUUGGGACUCUGUAUCCCCCCCCACCCCCACUAGCAUCCUGCUUUCUUUCCAACAUGAAAUUAGCAAGCUUUGGGAGAAACCCCGUCAUUUCCAGGGUGGGGCUCAUUACAAAUAAAGGUGGCUUAACUUUACUUCAUAUAAAUCCAGAUGGAUCAGGGCAUCUGGCCACUGCUCCCAUGUGUCCCAAACAUUCCACUACUGGGCCUCUAUCUCCACAACAGCAAAAUAAAAACAGAGGUCUCUCGCCUCAUUACCAAAGAGGCAAGGCAUGUGUGGCCCUCUCUGACUUACUUCACCAAACGAUGAUGCAGAUCUUCAACCUUCACAUUUUUAGCCAACAAACCUGUCAGUCACUGUUGAUGAUUUCAUGGCGUCCGGGUGCACAGGAAAAGGCGCAGUGCUUCAGUGCCUCACCCUGUUGGCAAGGCUUCUAAAUGCCUCUAGUGCUCCUGGGACAUGUUCUGCAUUUAGCCCAAAACAGGUCCAUCUCUUCAGCCCUCCACAGCUGGUGUCCCCACAGUUUCUCAUACUCCUCCUCAUAUGUAGACAGUGAUUCUGUUUGGUUAUGGCCACAUGCCUUCCUAAGGGAGUGAGUGCCGUGGGCUUGUGCAACACCACUGCUCCUCACGCAUUUCUGGGGAGGAAAAAUUCCUCCUCCCCUUGUUUCCAUCAGCCUGUCUCAGAAACGGUCAUGGCGCUAUUUUCAUGUGCAACCUUUUUAAUGCUUAGUAACACAUUGCUACAUCAGAUCUGUAAUCUGUACUCAAUGAAAAUGGGAAAAAAAUUUCUUUUGUUUGCUUCUAAAGUGAAAAGAUGAGUAUUAAAGUCGGAAUCAGUGUUUUAUUUUGAACACGCUUUGGAUGAUUUACCUAAAUGACAAUCUAAUACACAUUUCAUAUAUUCUUUAUUGUUGUGUCUUAUGAGAAAAGUCUAGAUGUGAAAAGAAUUGAGAUAUAGCCUGUCUGUACACAUCAUCUUUUGGUUCCCUUAAGACACAGGGCCAUUUUUUAAAACUUUUGGGACUGAAAAGAGAAAACUUACUAAUUAGCUGCAAGUGUAUAUUGAUUCCUCUCAAAGAAAUUGAAGUAAGGUCUUUGCAGGUGUCGCAUCCUAGUGAUGGCUGGUCUCCAGAACUCCCCUUUCACACAAGUGUUUUUCUGAUUCUAUGAUAACUAAUUAACUAUCAUUUGGUGAUUAAAAGAACAUAAAGCAAGGAUAUGAUUAAGAGUCCUUCAUUUUAAACUCUUUAAGAAGUGAUUAAGGAGAAGUACCUAUUGCAAGCCCUUCUAAGUCCAAAUGAAACCUCCAUCACCUGCUCUUCAGCCGUGGUCAGAAUAAGUUCUACACACAGCAACUGGAAGAUUUAGUUCCUUUAAAAUAGCAUACCUCCUUGCUGCCCAUUUAGGAUUUGUUUGAAGUGCCCACCUCUCAUUAUACAUGCACUUCUGAAUGCCACCCCAUGUUUGAAAGGAUGGAGCCUUUGUAUUAAGAGGCUUGCUCUCAUCCUUUAAGUGGGGUGGUAUCCUUCUUGAGGUGAUCACUUGCCAUUAUUUUUAAAUAUAUAAAAAGAAGAAGAAAACCAGACUUAAUUUCAGAACUUUUAAGUCUUGUAUUUAUUUCUUUCCUGUUCUCAAGAAGGAAAAUAAGUCUAGGAGACCUCCUUUCUAAGUUAAACUCUGGAAGAUACAGUAAUGAAAAUGUCCCUUAGAUAACUAUUCCGUGGCUUUCCUAGAGAUGUCAAGCCAGAAUAUCUGUAAUUUAUGGCACUUGUGUUGAAGUGGGUAGGUUUGGUUCAAACUACACACACUGAUUGACACAUCAGCCUCAGAGCUUGAAACGGCAUUUGUUCAUUUUCACAUGUGGCUUUUAUAUUUUGACAUUGAGUUACCAAAGCAGUUACGUAAGUUUGUAUGACAUUUUUUCAUUCAGUUUUUCAGAACACACUCAGAACAUGAUCAUGGUCCUUUAGUAUGCAGGAUAUAGGUGCACAGUAUGUCAUGUAUGUGACAGAUGAGCCACCUACACUGAUGUCUUUCUAAGAACCUGUCUAUGUAAUGAGAGAAUCCUUUCCUCUGGGAAAAGUUACUGGAAGCCCCUCACUCUGAUCUGUACUAGGUACCUGCUUAGAACGUUCUGGAGAAGUGACAGCCCACAAUCCCAGGCUACUACCCUGUCUAAACUCACUUGGCUGUAAAUGCUUGUCCUAACUUUAUAAUGAAAGUUCAACAACAGUGAUAAGCUAGAUAGUGUAAAAAAAAAAAUCUUUGUUAUUUAAAUUUGUUUUAAAGGGAUUAGCAGCAUGACUUCUGUUUACUGUUUGACUCCAAGAGAUAGUCUACCUCUAACAGUUAAUAUUUUCUAAAGGAAAGAAGUGGAAUAUGCCUUCAAGGGUCAAGCUUGAAUCAUUUAGAAAUGAUUCAAAGGUUUAAGAGAUUUGUUUUAAUUCCUGUGGUACUAUUUAAAAAAAAAAACACUCCAAGGACAGAUUUAUCCAGAUAAACAUUACACAGGGUAGUUUCAGAAAAGGGAGGUGGUAGUGGAAUUUAGCCCUGGACUGAAAGAAACAACUGCCAGUUUUUCCUGACAGCAGAGUUACGUGUCUUGACUUCCAGUAAUAGAAACCCAGGCAAUUUGAUUAUGUGAUUUGCCAGAAACAUUAAUGGAAUUCUAGGGCAUUUGUCGUGUUUGAUGUGCAAAUGAAAGGCUAAAAAAUAUUAGAAGAGUAUUACAUUUUUCAGGAGCCUCCACUUCUUCAGUCUAAGAGAAUGGUAAGUGAGAGACCUGCUGUGAUGAAGUUUCAUUAGACAUAAUGAAGAAAGGGAAUAAAUAGAACCAAGAGUCUCCAUUAUUUCUCAGUUUGUCCUUCCGGGUUCUCUUAGCCUACAGGAAAAUGACUUUCUGUACAAAUCUGGAAGGACUUCCAGUAGAUUUUGAAAGGAUCGACUUUAAUGUGAUGGUCUGUACCAUCAGCAAUAACUAAUAUCUGUGUUCUUUCCUUUAGGAGUAUAAUCAGUUAUAAGGUAGAAUAUUUUUGGCUUCAAAACAAAAAGAUUCAGAAGUUCAGUAAAAAGAAAUAUCUCUUUUCCUUUUAUUACAUUGAACAUUUUAACCAUAGUAAGAUUAGGAUGUGUCAUCAAGAGCUACUGGAAUUAAAAUCUGGAGACUUUUAACAAAUUUACCAAAAAAAAGUUUUAAUUUAUUGCCAGUUCAUUUUCAGAUCUGCAUGAUCCCAGUGCCUCAUGAAAAUGCUUCAUAGUUGAAACAAAUAAAAUUCUGGGUAGCUUUCUGUGAACAGGAAUUCAAGUGCCUAGAGUUCACCAGUGAAUAGGAAAUCCUAAGACAGUAACAAUUUCUUGAAAGAGCCUUCCUUAAUUGGCAGCUGUAAACUGUAAUGUUCUCCUUAAUCAUGCAACAGAAACAAAACAUGCUGGUUUUGAUGCCACUUCUUGAUUCAGCAACUUUUCACUGUUUUAGGAAGCAAAUUGUUUAAUGCAAUAGUUUGGAGGAAGUUAUCUUUAAAGUAGCAUUUCACACAUAGGGCGGUAAUCUUUACUCAGAACUGAAGUUGUCCAGGAAACUCCCAUAUUUUAUGUCAUGUUGUAGGAAAGCCAAGCAUACCUUGUUUCCCAGUGGGGGUGCAGAGCCCCCUGAUCACCUAGCUGGAGCAGGGUGGCUGGUGGGGGCACACCCACUCCCACCGGGUCAUUACUAGCACAGGGCAGCAGCAUAUGACUUCACUUUGGGGCUCAGUCCUAGUAUCAUGUGUCCCUUAUUAAUUUUUUUCAUUAAAUUUAGACUUGAAUAAUCAGUUCUAUCCCCUGAAAAAUUUUGAAAGCAGGGCUUGAAUUUGCAUACCUCCGCUUACUUUGCAUAUGAGGUUAUUACAGAGCUUACGGAACGUUUUCUUAAUACAGAUCGUGGCCCUGAUGUCAGAGUGACUAGUCAAUUCAGUGUGGGGAAAAUUACCAGCAGCUGGCUAGUCAGAGCAACCGAUUGGUUGGCUCUAUUUUUAAACCAUUUGUCUUAUUGUGUAGACAGAGCUUUAUUGCCCUGAAGAAGUUUUUUUUUUAACCCCCCAUCCAGCUCAGUCUUUCCAUCAUUUCACCUUAUGAGUCACUCACAUAAUUGUCAGUCAUGCCUCUGACCUUCUUAAGAACUGACAUCUUGCCCUCUCUGUGAUGAAAGCAGACUCCUUGCCUCAUUUCUCUCAUUCUCAUUUUGUAGCGGGCCCUCCCUUAAAGACACAGAUGGCACCAGCCUCCUCCUCGGUGCAUGUGACAUCCCUUCCUGGGCUGUCUUAUGCAGUCACAGCAGUGGGGUUUGCCCACCAAGUCUACUGCAUCGUCAGAAAACGCAAAAGCUAAUUCUAAGUGAGGAACACCAGUAUUUCCAGAGAGGGAAUGGGCAGCUCUGGCUUCCAGUGGCAACAUGAUUAAGUGACAAAAUGUUUUUACCGUUCGUGAUGAUAUAGUUUACAUGUCAGAACUUUGCUUAGUUUGUAACAGAGCAUUUGUUAAAGUGUGCAAAAUCCAAGCCUACGUACAGUCUUAAAGAAUAACAGCUAUGGAGAUGAGCCUAGACAUUUAAAAAAAAAAAAAUGCUAAGCCAUCGUACCAGCAAUUCUUGUUUCUCCUAAGAACGUCAUGUCUUUUCAAGACCAAUGCAAGGAAUUAAGAUAUUUGUGCCUUUUUAUAAUAGUGUCUAUUAUGAAAAAUAAGUUGCUUAUGGUUUAGGCCGCUUUGUAACAAUAUAAACAGCCCAGAUUUAUAGCCGUGGCUUCACUGCAUGACUCAACACCUGAUUACCUGUGAUGAAAUAUUGUGAUAGUGGUUUGCCAAGCUUAUAUGGAAGUUUGAAGACUUUAUUUUUGCAGUCUUAAUCUUGGGCUGGACCUAAGUCUAUAUAUAAACCAUGUGAUAUCUGUAUUGUUUGUAGAUGAUGACAAAAGAAAACUACAUCUUUUGAUUUUUGUUGUAAGAUUUUUCUUUUUAUACUUAAUGCUGGUUAGUGGGUCAUUUGCAAAUGGUAGUAGAUUUGGCAUACUUGUAAACUUUUGUUUUAGCUUGAAUAUUCUAUAAUAAACUGUUAUAGAGUAUAACAUGCUAAAUCACUACAAAAUUUGUUGUAAGAGGUAAGAGGGGUGUAAACACUUUGUUAAUAAAAUACUAUGUUUACAAAUAUA